GGACUAAACAGAAAGGAGAGCCAGCUCCGUCUCCUAAGACCAUAUCGAGUCUGUGGACAUGUCUAUGGAAAAGAUGGUAAAAGUAGAAGAGAGUUUUCAAAGGGCCGUGGGGCUGAAGAAGAUGGUGGACAGGUGGCAAAAUUCACAUACUCACUGUCUGUGGCAGAUGACAUUAAGCCAGAGGAGAAACCCAUAUGCCAUCCUAAGGAUGCAAAACACCGUGGUACAGGAGUUGGCACUGGCUAACAAGCAACUACUGAUGGUCCGUCAAGCUGCCCUGCACCAGCUGUUUGAAAAGGAGCAUCGGCAAUACCAGCAGGAACUAAAUCAGAUGGGCAAGGCUUUUUAUGUGGAGCGACUCUGAUGGCAUUUGAAACAUUGCCCCUCCAUUCUCACCACACCUGCUAACCUAGCCUUUUGAGCUCCACCACCUUGAACAUCCUUCCCAGAACUCACCUGGAUCUAGUUAUCUGUCCAGGAUUUAGGAUAUCGCCCCAUUCUCAUCUCUUUCAUGCCCAUGUCAAUCCCCUGAUGCUCUUUGGGAAAUAAUCUAUAAAACAAUGGUAAAAACAAGAGUGACACCUUGUGGUCAGAAUGAGAUUUGCAGUUUUGAUGUAAGUGGGAGAAGGGGAGGUGGAGAAAUAGAUGGACAGUGUGAGCAGAGAAUUCUAAUUUGUUUAACAAAUAAAUCUAGUUUUUAAAGGUUCAAA